UCGUCCGCUAGAGGGGUCAGAGGUUUAAUGGCAGCGAAGAAAUGGGAAGGUUGGUUAUAAGCCUUCAAGGCUCAUUGCCUACAUCGAUGCACUUUCGACGAGUUUUCUUCACCUCUAUCGUCCGCUCAGACCUUCAUCUUCUCCCAUUGCCCAGAGAAGUCUCUGGCCAUCUCUCAGUUCCCUUCAAAGCAAGGCUCUCCGAACGAAGUGUGUUGAGAUUCGGAUUUCAAAGGGAUAAUAAUUUUCUCUCACCUCCUUUCAGGGCUUCUCGAUUCCGAAUGGGCGAUGCCAGCCGACCUCCCAUGGUGCCCUUACCCCCUGUCACUGCUGAUAAGGCUGAAUUGCUAAGAGGGCUUGAAACAGCUUUAGGUUCACCCUUCAGUUCGGAACCCUUAUCACCAUCUCCAAAUCCUCGAAUUAUUGUUAUCAGUGGACCUAGUGGUGUUGGCAAAGAUGCUGUCAUCAAGAGAUUACAAGAAGUUCGGGAGGGUGUUCAUUUUGUUGUCACAGCUACAAGCCGACCAAAACGACCAGGUGAGGUGGAUGGAAAGGAUUAUUAUUUUGUUUCAAAGGAGGAGUUCCUUUCAAUGAUCGAAAGGAAUGAACUAUUAGAGUAUGCUCUGGUGUAUGGAGAUUACAAAGGGAUCCCAAAGCAACAGAUUCGCGAUUUCAUGUCCAGGGGGUUUGACAUUGUUCUAAGGGUGGACAUACAGGGAGCUGCCACUCUGAGAUCUAUCCUUGGGAAAUCUGCUAUCUUCAUUUUCCUUGUUGCCGAAAGUGAAUCUGCCCUUGUGAAGCGGCUUAUUGAUCGUAAAACAGAGACCACUGAGGCACUUCUUGUGAGGAUUGCUACAGCUCGUGAGGAGGUGAAACAUCUCAAGGAAUUCGACUAUGUGGUUGUGAAUGCAGAAGGAAAGCUUGAGAAUGCAGUUAAGCUUGUUGAGUCUAUAAUUGAUGCAGAGAAGGCUAAAGUCCAGCAACGUACUGCUGCUAUCUAGUUUGUACAAUGGUUAUUGGUGUCUUUGACAGGUCUGCCCAUCUUCGCCCUCAUGGUACGGUAGAUGACUUGUCAUACUGAUUUGAGUGGUCACUAGAUCUUUCGAAG